AUGUCUUUUGCAAAAGUCGCGUCCUCGUCUUCAACGCCCGUAGCACACAAUGCUCUCCCACCGCCUCCCACAGCUUCUGCAGCGCGCUCCUCCCGUAUUGCGCCACAUUCGCAUAUCAAGGGCCUCGGUCUCACUGCGGAGGGCUACAUAGCUGGAGAUGCAGGAGGAUUCAUUGGGCAGGCACUUGCGCGUGAGGCGUGUGGUGUUGUAGUCGAACUCGUCAAGACGAAGAAGUUUUCAGGGCGUGCAUUGCUCCUUGCAGGAGCCCCAGGGACGGGGAAGACGGCGCUAGCCUUGGCGAUUUCUCAGGAGCUCGGUGCGAAGGUACCGUUUUGUCCUAUGGUGGGUUCGGAGGUGUAUAGCACUGAGGUGAAGAAAACGGAAGUUUUGGCGGAAGCGUUCCGUCGGGCAAUAGGUCUGCGGAUAAAGGAGACCAAGGAUGUGUAUGAAGGAGAGGUGACGGAACUGACGCCGACGGAGUCCGAGAACCCUCUGAGCGGGUACGGGAAGACUGUCUCUCAUGUCGUCGUUGGGCUCAAGACAGUCAAGGGCACAAAACAGCUGCGCCUUGAUCCAACCAUCUACGAGGCGAUCCUGAAGGAAAAGAUCGUGGUCGGGGAUGUCAUUUACGUCGAACACAACACAGGCGCGGUGAAGCGUGUUGGACGUUCGGACGCGUACGCAUCCUCUUAUGACUUGGAAUCGGAAACAUAUGUACCUCUCCCCAAGGGCGAGGUACACAAGCGGAAGGAGCUCGUUCAGGACGUGACUCUCGGAGAUCUUGAUGCAGCGAAUGCGCGGCCUCAGGGUGGACAGGACAUCAUGAGUGUGAUGGGCAGCUUGGUGAGGAGUGGGCGGACAGAAGUGACUGAGAAGUUGCGGAGAGAAGUAAAUAAGGUCGUCAAGGGGUACGUCGACCAGGGUGUCGCUGAGGUCGUACCCGGCGUAGUGUUCAUUGAUGAGGUACACAUGCUCGACAUCGAAUGCUUCACAUACUUGAACGCAUUAUUGGAGUCGCCGAUGGCACCAACAGUCAUUUUCGCCACUAACCGUGGAAAUGCUGUCAUCCGUGGAACGACUGACAUUGUCUCACCGCACGGCAUUCCUCUCGAUCUACUUGACCGCUGUCUUAUUGUCAAGACACCAGGCUACGAGCGAGAGGAAAUCGCCAAAGUCAUUCAACUCCGUGCAAAUUUUGAGGGAUUCACAUUGGGCUCCGGUGUGCUGGAAAAAUUGGCAGAGCGUGGAUCCAACAGUUCGCUACGGUAUGCUUUGCAACUGCUAGCUCCUGCCUCAAUCCUCGCUGGCCUCGCCGGCCGCAAGCAGAUUGAGCUCGAGGAUAUCAAUGAGAUGGCCGAGUUGUUCCUAGACGCAAAAGCCAGUGCCGAGAUUAUAAGCAUGGGCAACAACGCGUUGUAA